AUGGCAGAUGAUCAAGACAAACUCACCGACUAUCGGCUCAACGCCGCCACACUCAACACUGCCAUCCAGAGUAUUGGCAUGGGCGCCUAUCAAUGGCAACUCUUCAUUGUCAUCGGCUUCGGCUGGGCAAGCGAUAACCUCUGGCCGAUUGUGACCUCGCUUAUCCUGGGCCCUGUUACAUCGGAAUUCCACAUCUCCAGUCCGCCAUUCCUGACUCUAGCCCAGAAUAUCGGCCUGCUAAUUGGCGCCCUGUUCUGGGGCUUUGGCUGCGACAUCUUCGGCCGCCGCUGGGCAUUCAAUCUGACCAUCGGUCUGACCGCAGUAUUCGGGCUCGCAGCAGCCGGCUCGCCCACUUUCGCGGCGGUAUGUGUCUUCAACGCGCUGUGGUCCAUCGGCGUGGGCGGGAACCUCCCCGUCGACUCGGCCAUCUUCCUCGAGUUCCUCCCGGGCUCGCACCAGUAUUUGCUCACUGUGCUGUCCGUGUACUGGGCGCUCGCUCAGCUGCUCGCCAAUCUGAUCGCCUGGCCGAUUCUAGGCAAUCUUACCUGCCCCGAUGAAGAGACCUGCACCCGUGCCAACAACAUGGGCUGGCGUUACUUCCUCAUCGCCAUGGGCGGGAUAGCCAUGGUCAUGUGUCUCCUCCGCUGGACUUGUUUUACCCUGUAUGAAUCGCCCAAGUUUCUAAUGGGCAAAGGCCGCUACGAGGAUGCCGUGGCCGUCGUCCAUGAAGUCGCCCGCCGGAAUGGCUCCUCCGCCUCCUUGUCCGUGGACGACCUCAUCAUCCCUGAAACCUCCGCAGAGCAGCCCACCACUGCCGGAACAAACGUUCUUAUCCGCCAGCGGCUGGAUAACUUGACCCUCAGUCACAUCCGGGCCCUCUUCGAUACCCCCGGCCGCGCCUGGUCCACAUCGCUGCUUAUCGUUGUCUGGGGCCUUAUCGGCCUCGGAUUUCCCCUCUACAACGCAUUCUUACCCUACAUCCAGCAGACCAAGGGCGCCGAAUUUGGCGAUGGCUCAACGGCUCUGACCUACCGGAACUCACUAAUCAUCGCUGCGGCAGGCUUACCUGGUGCCUUGAUCGGCGGCGUGCUAGUCGAAAUACCCUACCUCGGCCGGCGGGGCGCCAUCAGCUCAUCCGCCGUGCUGACAGGUGCGUUUCUGCUAGCCUCUACAACCGCCAUGUCAUCAUCUGCCCUGCUGGGUUGGAACUGCGCGUAUAGCUUUACCAGUAGUAUUCUCUACGCGGUUCUCUAUGCGUACACGCCCGAGAUGUUCCUGACCAAGGACCGGGGGACGGGGAAUGCGUUGACCGCGGCGGCCAACCGGGUGGGCGGGAUCCUGGCGCCGGUGAUCGCGCUCGUCGCCGAUCUGAAGACCAGUGUGCCGGUGUAUGUGAGCGGGGCUUUGUUUGUCGUAGCUGGGUUGGUGGUUUUGCUGAUUGGAUAUGAGUCGAGGGGGAAGUCGAGUUUAUAG